AAAAGCUUUCUCCGGGACUUUUAUUUUGAAAUGUCCUCGUAUCACCGCGGCGCACAGACACACAGCUGAGUGUUAAGGUGGCAGCACGUUAAGGUGGAUUGAAGUGAUAAAGCCGUUUUAAUCUGAUUAUUUUACUUAUUCUAAUAGUUUUAUACAGACUGGAGAAACAGGAGAUAAACUGAAGAAAUGGAUGCUGUUCUGUUUCAAAUCUACUCCUGUUCCUAGUGUAUUUUCUGCUCAAUUGAAAUUGAGCUCUGUGAAUAUACACAAUUAAAGAAAUUUAAAGAGUGGAAGAACAUGGCAUCCAUAGAAAUCUCCAGCACUCAGCCAACAUCCUCCUCUUCACCUCACAGAGAAAUACAGAACAAUAUAGAAAAGAAGAAAACUCACCAAUGCUCAGAGUGUGGGAAGAGCUUCAGAAAAUUGAGUCAUCUUAAAACACACCAACCCAUUCACACUGGAGAGAAACCGUAUCAGUGCUCAGACUGUGGGAGGAGUUUUAAUCGACAGAGUAGUCUAAAAGCACACCAGCGCAUUCACACUGGAGUGAAACCGUAUCAGUGCUCAGAGUGUGGGAAUAGUUUUAAUCGCCUGAGUAAUCUUCAACAACACCAGCUCAUUCACACAGGAAUAAAACCAUAUCACUGCUCAGACUGCGGGAAGAGUUUUACUCAUCACAAUACUCUCAAAACGCACCAGCGCAUUCACACUGGAAUAAAACCCUAUCUCUGUUCAGACUGUGGGAAGAGUUUCAAUCAGCAGAGCGCAUUCCGGCAACACCAGCGCAUUCACAGAGGAGAGAAACCGUUUCUGUGCUCAGAAUGUGGGAAGAGUUUUAAUAGACAAAGUGCUCUCCAACAACACCAUCGACUUCACACUGGAGAAAAACCCUAUUUCUGCUCAGAGUGCGGGAGGAGUUUUAUUCAACAGUGUCAUCUUCGAGAACACCAGCGCAUUCACACUGGAGAGAAACCGUAUUAUUGCUCAGAGUGUGAAAAGAGCUUCAGGCUUUUAAACACAUUUAAGACACACAAGUGCAUUAAGAGUAGUCAUGAAAAUAUGCAUGUAAACGCAUAAAAAAAGAACAUUAUAGGUCUUAAAAAUUAAAUGGUCUGAUGCAUAUUAAAAAACUAAAUAUAUUUAGAAUUUUAGAGUGAAUUAAAUGUCCAGCCUACAGCCUGUACAUGGAUGAUUUAUCCCAAAAUAAGAGUCUUAAAUAGAGGGUUUCGCUCCAAUAUUCCAGUAAAGCUUCAUUCAUUAGAUAUUAAAGUGGUUGUUUAUUUUCCAUUGUUAGCUACCCUGUCUGUGUGCUAUUUAUUAAUCACCAUCAAGCAUUUAGUUGAAUAGAUCAAAUAGAAAAUUUAAACAAUAUUAAUAACAAUAACAUUAGCCUAAAAAAAGAACACAGCUUUAAAAAUAUAUUGCAUUUUUUCAGAAACAUACUGUAAAAUUUGAGCCUUUAACUGGCUAGCUACUUCAUCAUAUAUUCCAAACAUUUGUUUAUUCAGACGUAUAUAAUUAUAUACAGCUAUUGACAAAUUUUUGACAAGUAAAAAAAUAAAAAAAGGUCAUAAAUCCAUAGAUAUUUGGAAGCUUUUCAACUUUAUAUAUAUCCCUUUUCUUUUUUAUGUUUUUCUUUUUUUUUUGUAUGUUUGUGACCUAAUUUUGUGUUUUCUUCUGUGUUUUGGAUUGUAUGUCAUGCAAAAAAUAAUAAUAAAAAAAUAUUGAUUUAAAAAAUAUAUUACAACUUAAGAAUUCUGUAUUUAUGUGAAGUUUAACCUGCCUGUUUACACUGUUUAAGCUUUUUAAUGAGUAAACCUUCAUAAAUAAAGUUGGUUAAAUUUUA